CAAGUCAUGUGUCAAUGUUAAAAUACCUUAUAUCAAAGUCAUAUUUCAACAUUCUAUAAAUAUACAAAUAUAGUGCUGAUCUGGAUUCCCUUUGUAUGGUGCUUAUGUAGAAAGAGGAAUUAGACAAGAAAGUAAUAAUGCUGGAGACUAUUAAAACAUGUGUGAUAUCUUAUGACGUUCUCCUCUACAUUUUCCUGUCACGCGCUGUUUAUUUAAUGUUAUAUUCUACUGAUGAAAGUAUCGUGGAAAAUAAAAUAUCAUCGGAUAGACUCGAUCCAGACUACCUAACAAAUAAGCAAUUGUUUUCCCUUCUGGAUAGCCGUGGAGAAGUUUUUAGACGUAGUGCAGAUCGAAGCCGACUGGUUACAUUAGCCAAAACUAAAGUUAGCGUAGAAGAAAGUGAGCCUCCAAUAUUAGCUGAUCUAGAAUCACUGACCAUAUCUGAUCUAAAGCACCUGCUAGAUCAAAGAGGCAUCAUGUAUUACAGAAGGUCAAAAAAACAUGACUUAAUUGGAGCCGUAAAUAUAUCAGGCCCAGUAACCGCAGAGGCUUUAUCACAUAUGAAGCGAGUAGGAGAACCAACGAUUGGACCGGUCCACGAAUUCAAUGCCUUUAACUUCAUGAAGACUUUAGAAAAGUACAACGAUAGUAUAUUUCUCUUAAAUAUAUUGCCUCCUAGAUUGAAAUCUUCAUAUUUCAACGAAUCAUCAUGGAAUGCUCUCAGACGAAAACUUACAUACAUGGACUUUAAAUUCGGAGAACUUGACUGUGAUUUUGAAAAAAGUAUAUGCCUGCAACAGAAAUGGAAUAUAUCGACUCUUUUUCUAUAUACUCCAGGGAAAAAAAUCAACACAGAAUAUCAAAUAAGAGAUGACUACAACCUACAUAGUAUAUUUUCAGAUAUUCAAAAAGCAAUAAAUUAUAAAAUAUCAAAAAUUUCAUCAUGGGACAUUUUUACGUCGUCAAAAUGGGCGUUUUAUUAUGGUUCUAAGGAUAAAAUUGCAGUAAGAGUAAUUCUUUUUACAAAUAUGACGGUACCACCAAUGUUUUUGUCAUCAUUAAGCGUUAGAUAUCGUGAUACAGUAAACUUUGGAAUGGUCAACAUGGCAUCCCAUAAAGGUAGGAGCAUCUUGAGAAAGCUAAAACAGAAAUACUGGCCACUGUGUUUGAUCGUUACAAAACAAGGCAUAUUAACCUACGGAAAGCUACCAGGAGAAUAUUUUACAUAUCGGGAUAUGGAUUUUUUUCUUUCAACUUUACUACAAGAUUUUCAUCCGACAGAAAAAUGGUAUCACAAAUUAUCAGUUUUUCUAGAUCCGACAAUGAUAGGACUCCUCAUAUUUAGAUUCAUAGGAAGAUAUCUGAUAUCGAAAAUAGGGUUAAAGAAGGUUGAAAAAAACAAAAGAAACCCUGAUGGUGUACAAGGUGUUGAUGAUGAUUCUAUGAAGAGUAGGAUACAUGAAGCAGGGCAAUCACGUAUUAUUAACCAACAAGCAGUUGAAUUAUUAUUAGCAGAGCUAUUACGCAGGAGAAACAACGCACAGUAGAAUACAUCAGGGUCUCCAAAGUGGAAGUAUUUACAGUCACAAUAAGAGAGAGAGAGAGAGAGAGGUGUGCUUGAUGACGAGCUGAUGCGAAAAUCAAUGUCCAACCGAUUUUUACAAUUUGUUCUUAUAUCAAUCACGGAACAUUUUAAAUAUGUUAUUCAGUGGUUGUCGUUGGUUGUCCGUUAUAUCAGUUUAAUGUUAUUUGUUUUUUUCCCAUAAAUCAAGCAGUUGUUAUAUUGUCAUAAAUGUUUCAUGGUUUGUAAUGUCGCGGCCUUUUUUAGCUUAAUUGUGGUGCAGGCUUUUCUUAUUAUUGCACUCUGUAUCUUCAAAAUAUUUCAAUUUAUCAAUUGAUUUUUAUUUCCCAUGAAGUUUAUUUAUAAGCUGUAUAUAACAAUCCUAAAGAAUAAUUUGUGAUACUAUGGUUACAGUUAGCACCCAUCGUUAUGCCAACAACGUAACAAUAUUAUCCCCAAUUCAGAAAAGUUAGGACCUUCUAAAUUCCUUUGCAUUUCCAAGUAGUAUAUUUUUGUAAGUUUAUAACUUAUUAAAAAUAUGUUAUGUAUACAUGGCCAUUUUAUCAAAUAAAGGAAAGGUUUUGUUCAGUUAAUGCAUGUGGUAUAACUGGGUUGUAUUCGAUUUUUAAAUAUCGUUUCAUAAAAGGUGCUUAAAGUAAAAACUCGAUGAACAUAGCAAUUGUCUCCUUGCCUUUAUUCUAUCGCGACUAUCAAUGUCAGAAUCUAAACUUAUCAUUAAAUAUAUGUGUUCGGCCUAUAGUCUACUUCUUAGCUUAUACGUGAUAUUGAUAAAUUAUAUUAGAUCAAAUGAUAAUACUAUAUGUAGAGCGCAUGUGGACAGAGAUCUUUUUCUUAUCUAUUAUGAA